CCCAAGUCCUUCUUCCUCACAAAUCAAUCUUUACAUUUCUCUCUGAAACCACUCUUUAUCAGAUCUCUGCAACUUUCAUCCUCAGCAAUGGCUCGUACUAAGCAAACUGCUAGGAAAUCAACAGGAGGAAAAGCCCCAAGGAAGCAAUUAGCAACAAAAGCAGCUCGUAAAUCAGCACCAGCAACCGGAGGAGUGAAGAAACCUCACAGAUUCAGGCCAGGAACUGUUGCUCUUCGUGAAAUCAGGAAAUACCAAAAGAGUACCGAGUUGUUGAUCCGUAAACUACCAUUUCAAAGAUUAGUUCGUGAAAUAGCUCAAGAUUUCAAAACUGAUUUGAGGUUUCAGAGUUCAGCAGUUGCAGCACUACAGGAAGCAGCAGAAGCUUAUCUUGUUGGUUUGUUCGAAGAUACUAAUUUAUGUGCUAUUCAUGCUAAGAGGGUUACUAUUAUGCCUAAAGAUAUUCAACUUGCCAGGAGAAUCAGAGGUGAACGAGCUUGAUAAUCUCUAAUUUCUGUGUAAAUGUGUUGGAGGUUUAUGGAUUUUAGGAACUGUCUUUUUAUUCUGGGAUGUUGAAGCUCUCUGUGUUCUGAUCUGAUUCAUCUAAUGGAAUAUAUUCUCAGUGUUAUCUCUA